CCAAAACAGCUGAUCCUGUCACAGCAAAUCCAGACACAGGGUGUCCCGAAACAGCUGACCCUGACACAGCGGAUCCUGUCACAACGGAUCCUGUCACAGGGGAUCCAGGCACAGUGUGUCCCGAAACAGCGGAUCCAUUAACAGCGGAUCCUGUCACAGCGGAUAUUGAAACGUGAGAUAAAGUUUCUCAUUCUGAAGAGGGGAUCGAAUAUGUUUGCAGUGCCCUUGACAGUGAAACUAGUGGAAAUCCAUGUAUGUAAGCGUUUGUUAUCAUGCCUGUGUGAGUGAGUCAUUAUUUGUUUGAAAGGUAAUGAACGUCGGCAAUAUUUCAAUCAUAUCGUGCCCAACAUGUCUGGACUGACUAGCAACAUGGCGGCUGUACAUACCGGGCCCUGAAACACCACGUCCGGGACCACUGUGUUUCAGUGAAUUGUUCUUGUAUACGAGCUGCCCAAUAGGAACCUUGUGUCAAGUCCACACCCACACCUGACAACGCGUGUUGGGAACCGCGGGCCAUGUACACGUGAGGAGGUAGCAGAACACCCUGUCAUAGCAUGCACAAUGUUAUACAGCGACAUGUGGCCAAGUCAAGUAUGGAACACACGACUUCCAAGGAGGAGGGGAUGGGGAAACUGCCGAAGCUUCGAGUGCUGGAUGUGGCCAAACCAAAAGCCGAAUUGGUCAAGAAGUCCAUGUGCUCGGCCAGCUACCUGGCAUCGGCCAUCAAGACACUCGGCCUUGUCAUUUUUUACUUCACUUUCUCUAUCAGCCUCACCUUCUACAACCAGAAGUUCAUUAAGGCAUUGCACUAUCCGCCGCUGACCUUUACGAUGACCCACCUGGUGUUCAAGUUUAUGAGCGCAGUUGUUCGCUGCAUCUUGGAGUGUCGCAGCAAGGAGGAGCGGGUAACUCUGUCCUGGACUAACUAUGUCAAGCACAUAGCUCCCACUGGUAUAGUCAGUGCUCUGGACAUUGGUCUGUCAAACUGGAGCUUUGAAUUCAUUACAGUUUCAUUAUACACCAUGUCCAAAUCCACGGCCAUUGUAUUCAUUCUAGGAUUUUCAAUUCUACUGAGGUUGGAGAAAUUUCGCUGGAGCCAGGCCAUGGUGAUCCUGUGUGUAGCUGUGGGCUUGUUCCUCUUCACAUACAAGUCCACUCAGUUUAACUUGGAGGGAUUCCUGAUGGUCAUCACUGCAUCCUUCCUGUCAGGUCUCCGCUGGACAUUAGCUCAACUGGUCACUCAGAAAGAGGAGAUUGGUCUGGCUAACCCACUUGACAUGAUGUACCACAUACAGCCAUGGAUGAUUGUUGGACUGUUUCCAUUGUCAGUUGCAUUUGAAGGUGUUGAGGUAGCAACUAGUGAACAAUUCUUCCGUUGUGAGGACGUCAAGAUGUUCAUGACGACGGCUGGACUUCUCCUGGCUGGUGCAAGUCUUGCCUUUAUGCUGGAGUUCAGCGAGUUUCUUCUGCUCUCCCAGACAUCCAGUCUCACGCUGUCUUUGUCUGGCAUUGUGAAGGAGGUCUGUACACUGGGACUGGCUGCUGCAAUAAAUGGAGACCAGAUGAACUCCGUAAACAUCAUUGGCCUCUUUGUGUGCUUGUGUGGGAUCACUUUACGCGUGGUGCUCAAGGCUGUGUUCAAUAAUCCAGAGAGCAAGAAGCGAGUGUUUGAGCGGACGCCGGAGUCACUGGAGAUGCUGACCAGAGAUGGCCAGGCCAACCAGGGCUACGAAGAAGAUGAAGAGCCUGAUGAGGUGGAUGUGUUUAACCUGAAGCGGGACAGAUAGCCCCGGCUAGUGACUGGUGUGUGUGUGUGUGAGUGACAGUGCUUGUGUGCGUGUGUGUACAUACAGACUGUGAACAGUUCUUGUGUGAGUGCAUGUGUGUGUAUUCUUCUUUGUUGGUUUACAGAUUUGACUGACCGAUCGUGGAAAUAACAUAAAGUAACACAUAUUCUUACUUUUCUGACCGCAACAGAAAACAAUUGAUAUUUGCAAAGUGAGAAUUUUUUCCACUUAAAACGGAAUUACCCAAACAAUUUAUUCCGAACAUAAUAAUUAUUAAAUUCUGCUAUUUCAACUAAUCCUUGAUGGAAAGUUAGCUAAAUCUUGAAACCAUCAGAUUAUGUACAUAUGUAUACAUAAGUAUUUAUCAUGUAAAUAAUUUGAGAAACAAAUCAUGACAAUAACAGUUUCAUAAUAUGGAUUAUAUCAUGAAUGUGAGCCACAUAUUCCUCUCGGUGGAUAUCAGGUGGAACACUGUUAAAAGGAGCCAAAUAUUCCUCUCGGUGGAUAUCACGUGGAACACUGUUAAAUGGAGCCACAUAUUCCUCUCGGUGGAUAUCACGUGGAACACUCUUAAAUGAAACCAAAUAUUCCUCUUGGUGGAUAUCACGUGGAACACUCUUAAAUGGAGCCAAAUAUUCCUCUCGGUGGAUAUCACGUGGAACACUCUUAAAUGGAGCCAAAUAUUCCUCUUGGUGGAUAUCACGUGGAACACUCUAAAAUGGAGCCAAAUAUUCCUCUUGGUGGAUAUCACAUGGAACACUGUUAAAUGGAGCCAAAUAUUCCUCUUGGUGGUUAUCACGUGGAACACUCUUAAAUGGAGCCAAAUGUUCUUCUUGGUCGAUGUCAUGUGGAACACUAUUCAAUGGAGCCAAAAAUUCUCCUUAGUCGGUGUCAUGUGGAACACUAUUCAAUGGAGCCAAAUAUUCCUCAUGGUGGAAGUUACAGGCAACACUGUUUGAAUGACUUCUAUGUUCCAUCAGGAUGGUGUCAUUGUGUAUCUGUUCUACAGUAAUGUGAUGAAUGACUUUGUCUUUAAUACCUGAUACUUUAAUCAGUGUGCUUGAACAUAUCAUGUAUGUAGAUGGUAUCAUACCCCGACACCAGGUGUUGAGAGUGGGAAUGAAGUCUACAGCAUCAGCAGGUGUAAAGCCUCAGAUAAGUGCUUCACAACAUGUCAUACUAUGGAAGUGCUGAAAAUCAACCGACACACACCAGACAUCACGCUCCACACACCAGACAUCAGGCUCCACACACCAGACAUCACAUUCCACACACCAGACAUCACGCUUUGCUCCACACACCAGACAUCACGCUCCACACACCAGGCAUCACGCUCCACACACCAGACAUCACACUCCACACACCAGACAUCACACUCCACACACCAGACAUCACGCUCAUCCACACACCAGACAUCACACUCCACACACCAGACAUCACGCUCCACACACCAGACAUCACAGUGCUCCACACACCAGACAUCACGCUCCACACACCAGACAUCACGCUCCACACACCAGACAUCACACUCCACACACCAGACAUCACUCUCCACACCCAGACAUCACGCUCCACACACACACCAGACAUCACGCUCCACACACCAGACAUCACGCUCCACACACCAGACAUCACGCUCCACACACCAGACAUCACGCUCCACACACCAGACAUCACGCUCUCCACACACCAGACAUCAGACACACCAGACAUCACUCCACACACACCAGACAUCACGCUCCACACACAGACAUCACACUCCACACACCAGACAUCAUCGCGGCCACACACACAACAUCACACUCCACACACCAGACAUCACGCUUCACGCUCCACACACACACCAGACAUCACGCUCCACACACCAGACAUCACGCUCCACACACCAGACAUCACGCUCCACACACCAGACAUCACACUAUACAAAGCAGGUUGGUUAAACCCUAGCGGUGGAGGGACGGCUGUAGGUUUUGGUUGUGGUGUUCUCAGUAUAAUGUAUAUAGCUGUUUUAUGUCACUGUGAUGUAUGAGUACCCUGGUACCCAGGUGAUAUAUGUGUGUUGGAUGAAUGUACCCUGGUACCCAGGUGAUAUAUGUGUGUUGGAUGAAUGUACCCUGGUACCCACGUGAUAUAUGUGUGUUGGAUGAAUGUACCCUGGUACCCACGUGAUAUAUGUGUGUUGGAUGAAUGUACCUUGGUACCCAGGUGAUAUAUGUGUGUUUGAUGAAUGUACCUUGGUACCCAGGUGAUAUAUGUGUGUUGGAUGAAUGUACCCUGGUACCCACGUGAUAUAUGUGUGUUGGAUGAAUGUACCCUGGUACCCACGUGAUAUAUGUGUGUUGGAUGAAUGUACCCUGGUACCCACGUGAUAUAUGUGUGUUGGAUGAAUGUACCCUGGUACCCAGGUGAUAUAUGUGUGUUGGAUGAAUGUACCUUGGUACCCAGGUGAUGUAUGUGUGUUGGAUGAAUGUACCCUGGUACCCAGGUGAUGUAUCUGCGUUGGAUGAUGUUAUGAACAAAGUAUAUCAGGAAUGCCCUGCUCAUUGUCAUUCCUUUGGUGAAUCGGGGUGUUGUUGUUACCAUGGUGACUGCUCAUAAUUUUUAAAGACUUUUCAGGAAAUGUUUUGAAGGUAUAAAUAAUUUGUCUGCUGCUCAAUAAACAACAGGACGAUCCAUGGCUAAAAA